AUGCCGUCGAAACGCAAACGCUCAGGACCAGGCCUCAACAGGGAUGCCCCCGCUGACUCGAAUUCGGCGUUCAAAAGGUCCAAACCCGGCUACAACCAAGUCUACCGUAUACCUUCGAAGAACAUCUCCGGUCCAGGAAUCUUUGUCACCUGUGUGCAGAGUAAGGAGCGCAAAGCCGCGUUGCAGUUCAUCGACUUGCUGAAUGAGGUAGCCGAUCGUAUCUAUCCUGGUGUCGCUGCUCAGCCGUUGGAGGAUCUGGAGGAGCAGAGACAGGAGAACGACAGCAUGGACGACGCCGAAGGGGACGAGGACGCGAUGAGGAACGGCGUUGCUUCUGGAUCCAUGCAGCCACGAUCAACUGUCGAGCCGCCGGCGGACACGAAAUCAAAAGAGCCUACAAAGGCAACCGUCGCAGCAGAAGAGGACGACAUCGCAGCGCAAAUCGCCGCCGAGCUCAAGGACAUCAAAUCAACCGAGAAAUCCAAUCGCAACCACUCGUCCAAAUCUGCACCGCCCGUCCGCUUCAAAUCCAUCACCACCGACACCGAGUGCUUCCUCUUCGUCUCCGUUUCUCCACCAUUCGACCCCUACCUCCUCGUGUACACCAUCCUCCGCGACGUCGAGCUCUCCGGCGAACCACGCACCCGCUUCGUCCAACGCCUCACCCCCGUCACCACCACCUGUCCCGCCAACGCGACCGACCUCACCACCCUAGCCCAGUCUAUUUUGCCCAAAUACUUCUCCUCCAACCCUGCCGAGGCAAAGACGUUCAAAAUCGAUCCUCGCAUCCGAUCGCACGGCAAGCUGAAGCGUAACGACGUCAUCCAGAUCAUCGCUUCGCAAAUCCCCACCGCUGAACCAGAGGAGGAGGGUGGCGAGAGGAAACGCAUCCACACUGCCAACUUGAACAAUCCCGAUCUGUGGAUCGUUGCGGAACUAGUCAAGAAUUCGGCAGCGAUCAGCGUGUUGACGGAGUACGAGAGGUUCAAGAAGAUGAACCUGCAGAGCGUGGCGUCGGCUGCGAAUGAGAGGAGGGCGAAGGAGGAAGGCGGUGGUGCGGAUAAGGUGGGUGGGGGAGAGGCCGAGGGGAGGAUCGCUGCCAGUCUGAGCGCCAAGUCGGGCGUCAAGAGGGAACUGGAGGCGAAACCGACGACGGAGACAGAGACAGCAUUGACAGGGGAGGGAAUCGUUGCAGUGUCAACAACGCAGUCGGAGCAAGUGUCAUCAUCAGCACCAGACUCAAAAGCAGACGAAGAAGCUCAGAUGUCCAACUUCCGCCUGUUCUAG